AUGGGAGUGCGAUCUUUGCUCAACCCAGUGUUAGGUCCGGAGCGUCGGCAGCCGGACCGCUUUCCGACAGACACGGUAUUCCAGCUGUCGGAAAUGGAUAGCUCGUGGAUGAUGCGUAUGAUGAUCAUGAGCUGGACGAUGUGUUUUCACGACGUCCUUGACGCCGAUAAGCUUCACGAUUCGCUCACUGAGCUUCUAAACAUCGGGCAUUGGAAAAAGCUAUGUGGUCGUCCUCGGCUAACUAAGGAUGGCAAAAUUGAGCUUCACAUUCCGGACGUUUUCACUCCAUCUCGCCCAGCAGUUCACUUUACUACCGAGCCUAACCCUGCAAGCGUAAAGCUUCACCCACUCUCUUCUACUAUCCCCUCGUACUUCCCCCAGACGACAGCAGGGCCGAGGAUCAUCGACACUCCCGAGAAUCUGCAUUCCAUUCUUGCCGGUCCUGAAGCAGCCAAGUCAUUCGACGACUACAACUUCACAGACCGGCCUGCCUUUUCACUCCACAUCAUUACAUUCACUGAUGCAACGUUUGUGACGAUCACCUACCCUCAUAGCAUGACGGACGGCAUGGGUCGACGCGAACUUGUCGAAAAUUGGUGUCGCAUCUUGGCCGGUCGUAGGUCUGACGUUACACCAAUGGCUUUCCCGACCUUAGAUCCUAUGGCUAAAGUUGCGAAAGCAUCUCCUCCACGCUACGAUGAACCUUUCACAUGGGAGCACAAGCGUCUUCAAGGCUGGGGGGUGGUCCGGUUCACCUUUAGUAUUCUGUGGUAUUUGAUCAGGAAUCGUAUCCGCCAGAGGAAUCUCUUUAUCCCAGCUACCUAUUUGGCAGCGCUACGUCAGCGUGCCGAAGAGGAUCUUGAGAAAGACGGGGAGGCCGCGGAUCGUUUGAGUGACGGGGAUAUCCUGACAGCAUGGCUGUCGCGCCUCGCAUGCUCCCAUAUAAGCGAAAAGAAUACCUCAAAACCCAUCUCUAUUUCUACAGCCCUGGAUCUCCGAGGCCGUCUUCAUGAAAACGAUAUGCCUCCAAACUUCGCUUACGUCUCGAAUGUUGUUGCUUACAACUGGACCAAUGCGAACGCCCUCGAGCUCCUUCGGGGAACAUUCGGCAGGACUGUGGCACUAAUUCGGAACUCGGUGAGGUCGCAGCUCACAGAUGCGCAGGUUUACGCCUCGACUCGGCUCACUUACAACGCCGUUGCAGAGAGUGGCAGCACGAAGCAGUUUACUGAGCCAAACGGCUUUGUGGUCUCCGUGUCUAAUGUGUCCAAGGCGAGAUUCCAUGAAGUCAUUGACUUCAGUCCAGCUAUCAAAGACGGUGGCAUUGAUGAGAUUCGGACAACACCGAGAGGCAAGAUCGUGUGGCAGUGCAACACUCCGAAGAUGAAGAUGCACCCACCGUGUCUGAUCUACAUACAGGGCAAGGACCAUGGUGGCAACUAUCUCGCACAGAUGUUGGUCUCUGAGAAGACCUGGCGCCUGAUCGAGAAGGAAAUAGAAUCCUCAGUCUGA